GUCUUUGCGCUCUUCAUCAUCAGCAAAUCGGGGGGUCUCAUCUACAACCGCGAGUUUCACUCGGGCAUGAGCAAGCUCAGCAGCAAUGACUACCUCAUGCUAGCCGGAUCGUUCCAUGGAAUGCACGCCAUCACCGCCCAGCUGUCUCCUAUCCCCCCCGCUCGCGCACCCCCUCCCUCGGCUACCACUCCAAACCUCCAAACCUUCCCAGUCCGCGCAACCGGUAUCGAAGUACUGGAGAGCUCUCAUUUCCGCAUCCAAUGUUUCCAAACGCAAACCGGAGUCAAGUUCCUGCUGUUCACUGAGCCGCAACAACCGAACGUAGACACCAUGAUGAAGAAGAUAUACGAGUUGUAUGCCGACUACGUCAUGAAGAACCCAUUCUACACUGUGGAAAUGCCAAUUCGGUGCGACAAGUUUGACCGGGGGCUGGAUGGAUUUGUAAAAGUUAGGGGGUGA